UGGGCAGGGCCUUCCUCGGCCCGCCCCCGCCCCGUGUGCGGGGGGAGGAAUGCAGGGGGAGGGGCUGCCCCCAGCCCGUCAUUGCCUUUAAUAGAGACCUGAAACACCGCCUGCUAAAAAUACCCGGCUGGAGCCGCAUAAAAGCGCUGCGGCGCCGACGCCCCACACUUCUCCGAGCCUCAGCCAGAAGCGCAAAGCCAAGCCAGCAUGACCGAGCGCCGAGUGCCCUUCUCGCUCCUGCGGAGCCCCAGCUGGGACCCUUUCCGCGACUGGUACCCAGCCCACAGCCGCCUCUUCGACCAGGCCUUCGGGCUGCCACGGCUGCCCGAGGAGUGGGCGCAGUGGUUCGGCCACAGCGGCUGGCCGGGCUACGUGCGCCCGCUGCCCCCGGCCGCGGUCGAGAGCCCCGCCGCGGUGGCCGCGCCCGCCUACAACCGCGCACUCAGCCGGCAGCUCAGCAGCGGCGUCUCGGAGAUCCGGCAGACGGCCGACCGCUGGCGCGUGUCCCUGGACGUCAACCACUUCGCCCCCGAGGAGCUGACGGUCAAGACGAAGGAUGGCGUGGUGGAGAUCACUGGCAAGCACGAAGAGAGGCAGGACGAGCAUGGUUACAUCUCCCGGUGCUUCACCCGAAAAUACUCGCUGCCCCCUGGUGUGGACCCCACCCUGGUCUCCUCCUCCCUGUCCCCUGAGGGCACGCUCACCGUGGAGGCCCCGAUGCCCAAGCCAGCCACCCAGUCGGCAGAAAUCACUAUCCCUGUCACUUUCGAGGCACGUGCCCAGAUUGGGGGCCCAGAAGCUGGAAAGUCGGAGCAGCCUGGAGCCAAGUAAAGGCCUUAGCCCUGUUGUCCACACCCCCACCUCAGUAGCCAUCACUGACUAUCCCCACCCGCCCAUCUGUAUGCUUUUUUGAUACGUUUACCUUCUGUUUUUCUCAAAUAAAGUUCAAAGCAACUGCCC